CUAUCUAUUCUACUGUACAGUGGUGAAACCAUGGCUUCGUCUUCCUUCACCUGCUCUUCGAUUUUAUCUAUUGCUGAUACGAGAAGCGUGAACUUGCGCUGCACAUUUCAGUCUCAGGUCUCUUGUGGGAUUCGAAGAGAUGAUAACGGGCGCCGUGUUUGGCGGAGGAGAACAUUGACGAAGAAGGAUGAUAUGUUGCGUUACAAAAUGCAAAGAGUUCCGUUUGUCGAAGAGCAAGUAAGGAAGAUAAGAGAAGUUGGCAAGGUAAUGACAAUGGACAUAGAGCAGCUUCUUUUGAGGGAAGACAAUCGGUUUGAAUUUGUCAACAGCGUAGCAGCUGAAGCGACAGAGUACGUGGAAAAGAACAGAGACGAAUACGGAGGUUCCAAAAAGGCCAUCUUUCAUGUUCUGAGUAAUCGUGUGAACGAUCUCGGGUUUGAUCGCCCUGAGGCUUAUGUAGAAGCUGAUCCUUACAAACCCGGUCCUGGCUAUUUGUUGGAGUACUACACAUAAGAUACCAAUAUAUAUAUAUAUAUAUAUAUAUAUAUAUAUAUAUAUAUAUAUAUAUAUUCUCACAGCUUUGUUGUUGUAUUACCAAAACCAAAUCUCUAUGCAUUCACAGCUUUAUUGUUUUGUAGUUAAUAUUGGUAGAACAAAAUCUUUAAAUCUGUUUAA